CUGAGCAGUCAGGAAAUAUACUGUCGCAGAAAAUGAAAGCAAGAGAGAAACGUUGUUUUGUAUCUGUGUUGAACGUCGUGUGUCUGUAAAUAUGCAUGAAUUUGGUAUUCACUUUUUUUUUUUUAGCCCCCAUGAUAAAAAAUAGAACGUUGGUGAUAACCUGCAUCUGAAACUCCUAAUGGUCUCAGGGCUCUGAGUGACUGUGCUACAGCCUCCUGAUCAUGCUGGAUGUUGGAAAGUGGCCAGUGUUUGCUCUGCUUCCACCAGAGGAACUGAGGUUGAUUCGGCAGGCAUGUGUCUAUGGCAGUGCUGGAAACGAAGCCUUCUAUGUUACUGUAAACGAUGAAGUUUUCGCUCUUGGCACCAACUGCAGUGGCUGUCUUGGCACAGGCGAUAUUCAGAACACUAUCGAACCCAGGAGAAUAGACGCAUUGUGUGGAAAGAAGAUUGUGUCCUUGAGUUAUGGAACAGGACCCCAUGUUGUUCUUGCUACUGCAGAUGGAGAGGUAUAUGCCUGGGGUCACAAUGGUUACAGUCAGUUGGGGAAUGGCACUACAAACCAGGGGCUGAUCCCUGCCCAGGUUUCCACCAAUCUACUCAACAAAAAGGUCACGGAGGUGGCCUGUGGCUCCCAUCACACCAUAGCACUGACCUCUGAUGGAGAGGUUUAUGCUUGGGGUUACAACAACUCUGGUCAGGUUGGCUCAGGAUCUACAGCAAACCAGCCAACCCCAAGACGAGUGAGCAGCUGUUUACAGAACAAGAUAGUAGUGAAUAUUGCCUGUGGACAGCUCUGUUCCAUGGCUGUGCUGGACAAUGGAGAAGCUUAUGGCUGGGGUUACAACUGCAAUGGUCAGUUAGGGGUGGGCAACAAUGGGAACCAGCAAACCCCCUGUAGAAUAGCAGCGUUGCAGGGGAUCAACAUAGUCCAGAUUGCCUGUGGCUAUGCACACACGUUAGCACUGACUGACGAGGGAUUAGUCUAUGCCUGGGGUGCUAGUUCUUAUGGUCAACUGGGUACCGGCAACAAGAGUAAUCAGUCCUGCCCAGUGCUUUUAAAUUUGGACAAAGAAAGGGUGAUUGAGAUUGCAGCUUGCCACUCCACACACACGUCAGCGGCCAAGAUACAGAGUGGUCAGGUAUUGAUGUGGGGUCAGUGCCGGGGGCAAACCAUCGUCAGCCCACACUUCACUCACUUCACCUGCACGGACGAUGUCUUCUCCUGCUUCGCCACACCUGCAGUCAUGUGGAAGCUCCUCACUGUGGAGCGAGAUGAUUACCUAACAGUCGCCCAGUCCCUGAAGAAAGAGUUUGAUAGCCCUGAAACCUCGGACCUCAAAUUCUUGGUGGAUGGGAAAUAUAUUCACGUGCACAAGGCCCUUCUCAAAAUCAGGUGUGAGCACUUCCGAACUCUACUGAACGAGAAUGAGGAAGAAUCUAUAGAGAUCCAGCAGUUCACCUACUUGGUUUACAGAGCCUUCCUGGAGUACCUGUACACAGACAGCGUCAGCCUUGCUCCUGAAGAUGCAAUAGGGCUCCUGGACUUGGCCAGUUUUUACAGAGAAACCCGGCUGAAGAGGCUCUGCCAGGAAACCAUCAAAAGGGGAAUCUCGGAGCAGAAUGCCAUCACGCUGCUGUCAGCAGCAGUCAAGUACGAAGCUCGGGACUUAGAAGAGUUUUGCUUCAAGUUCUGUGUCAAUCACAUGACAGCAGUGACUCAGACACAGGCCUUUUCAGAAAUGGACCAUGACCUGCUGAAGAAUUUCAUCAGCAAAGCAAGCCGAUACGGAGCUUUCAAAAACUGAACCCGCCAGCUCUGGCCACGAGGCAACAUCGAGCACCGGUAGCUGGGUUUGGUGAGCAAACAUGCUGUAUGUAUAGUUUUGAAUGGAUUUUUUCCCCCCCCGGUUGCGUCACGGACAUGAUUGAAGUGAAGGGACUUGAUGGAAGUCACUACUGAGAUUUUACUGGGACAGAAUUUUAUAGAAAUCCUUCUUUAGUAUAUCUAUCUCCUAUUUUAAUAAAUGAUUAGUGUCACUUUGUUAGUCUCUGAAGGGCUGUAUUAAACUUCAACAAAUGGUACUAGAGUUGUGCUUUUCCAGGAGAAUAUGUAAAUAUAUAAAUAGCAAGCAACCAACCUGCAUUUGAGGUUUCGUCUAAAAACUUGCCAGCCACAAAUAAUGGGGCCUGACGUAGAUAAGCAAACACAUUUGACUGACCCUACUAAAAAUUGAGUGAGUGUGUUUUGUUUGUUUUUUUUAAACUAUGCUUAUUCAAAAUUUCUAUACUGGCAAAAUGGGACCCAAAAUUAGAUAUUCAACUGUAUUGAGUAAUUUACUAAUAUUGAUUAUCACAUACUUGUUUGCUGCUGUUGUCAAAGGUAUGUGUACAUAUUUAAGUGUUACAGUAAGUUGGUAACUGUGAAAAACAAAGAAUCUGUAUUGUUUUCAGUGAAUCAAAACUAAGAUAGUAAAUGAUCUGGGUCAACAGAUUUUAAAUGGACAACAGCUUGGGAGCUUAGCAAUCAAUGGUUAACAACAGAUAGGACAGAAAACCUUUUUUCUAAACUGUUUUUGUACAAAUUUAAAUUUGUUAAUUUUUUUUUUCUCCCCCCAGCAUUUAAUAACUAAUAAUCCUAUUCUAUAGCAGGGGUUCUCCAGAUUGCCAUGUAGAGUUUUUGUUUUAAACCAAGGCCUAUAUUUUUUUAUUUAUUUUUUUAACUACACGAAUAGGACAGUAGAUCCUGACUGGUCUGUGGUAGUUGUUAUUCUUAAAAGUUAAAUGUAAACAUUGUUUAUUAAAAGGUGUCAAGUUAAAACAACAAUCUGUAGUCGCACUGGUAGAGCAAUGUUUUAAAAACACACUGAUUAAAAUAAAGUUGGUUAAUUAUGUCACUAAAAGGGAAAAGGGAACUGACCCCUCAGUAAAAUGCUAUUGGGAUUGAUUAAGAGAAGAAUCACAGAUUACUAAAAAAUCUAUCUUAAAAACAAACAGAUGCUUGUUUCCCACAAUGCAUCAUGUAAUGCUCCUUCACUGCUGAAUCUGUUGCAUGUGUGGUUUUUUGUCACAGUAUAUAGAAAUGUUACCAUGCCAACAGAUCCUGCUGACAUUGUGUUAUGCACUGUGAGAUCAUUUUUUCGUUUUCUAGCAAGAUGGAAAAUAAACUGAGCUCUCAGAAA